ACGUGUCAUAUUUAAUAACAAUGACGAUGCUGACGUGUUCCUGGGCACCUGUUCUGGUAUUGGUCGGGUUUGUACAUGGCUGCUGCCCCCCUCCUCAGUUGGAGGGAAUCACCGUCGCUGGAGGUGUCACGGUUACAAAAUCCAUGUUCUUGAACGACUCAAAUGACCCGUAUUCUGGUUAUUCCAAGAUAUACCACGAUGAGGUUAAGCGAAAGUUUGCCAAGGAUGUUUACAUAACGUUUGAGAAGGCCGGGGCCAUGACCUUAUUCGUCCUUGAAGAUUACGCUGGUGGAAAAAGGUACAUGGUUCUUAAUGGAACAUGUAACGUUACGCCGCUGAAGGGGGACUUUAAUCGAGAACUGUGCGUUUCUCCGUCAAAUUACAAGAACAAGAUGGUUCUGGGACUGGGAAAUGACACGAUCCUGAUGGACCUAUACAGCGUGAACUACUCCAAUCCGGACUUCGACAUCACAGGGGAUGCCAUGGUCUUUCCUCUGACGGAAGAACGCUGCGUUCUACAGUCAGAAAUGAUCUUCGCUAAGAAAGGCUCGAAAUUGGUCGCGAGGGAGUCAGCAAUUCUCUACAAUACAACGGACAGCAUCUCAAAUUCCUCAAUAUUUGACAUCCCCAAGGAAUGCCAGAAUAAUACACAACUGAAAUUUGUGCCUCAUUUUCACGUACAGUUACAUGCCUUUAAAAUAAGGAUUUAAAUCUUAAAAACAUGUGCUCAUUUGAAUAUAUAUGUACAAUCGGCAUUCAUUUGCUAAUUCAUUAGUGCUAAUUCGGUGAAUCACUGUGAAAAGAUUUGAAAAUAUGAGACAAAUGCUCCAUGAUCUUUGAAUAAUAUUAAGACAACAUUUUGUUUAUAUCAUAUACUAUUUUCUAAAGAUUAUAUCAGCGAUGUACAGUAUACUGACUACUAUAUUGACAACAUGCUAAGAACAAUGUAGAGUUAAUGUCCCAAUGCUAGCAUAAGAAUAUAAGCCUUCUGCAUUAUUAUGAAUUUUCUGUUUUUUGGUAUAUAUAAAAUCAUUAAAAUUUUGAAAACUGAAGAA